AUGCAGUACGGCGCGGCGGCUGAGCAGGCGUGGUACAUGCCGGCGGCGGCGCCGGUGCCGAUGGUGGAGAGCGCGGUGGCGCGGGUGGAGCGGCUGGCGUCGGAGAGCGCGGUGGUGGUGUUCAGCGUGAGCAGCUGCUGCAUGUGCCACGCCGUGAAGCGGCUCUUCUGCGGCAUGGGCGUGCACCCGACGGUGCACGAGCUGGACCUCGACCCGCGGGGGCGCGAGCUGGAGCGCGCGCUGGCGCGACUCGUCGGGUACGGAGGCCCCCCCGCCGCGUCUCCCCCCGUCGUCCCCGUCGUGUUCAUCGGCGGCAAGCUCGUCGGUGCCAUGGACCGCGUCAUGGCCGCGCACAUCAACGGCUCCCUCGUCCCGCUCCUCAAGGAGGCCGGCGCGCUCUGGCUGUAG